AUGGCGUCGCAAAAACGUGGUGGGGGCUUCAAUCACUAUGGCUGGGACCAACAGCACAAGAGGCACCAGCCUCAGCCUCAGCAUCGCAACGGCGCGAAUCACAAUUCACAUCCACCGCAGCCUGAGCUCUCCUCCCAGGACAUGCAGACUGGACUAACGGCUCUGCUGGACAGAUUUGUCGCAGAAGAGGCGACUGUCGGGGCAGACAAGGAUAUCCUCCAUCACGCGCACGAGCUCCGUCGCCUACUUUGCGCCCGGAACAACCCAAUCUCUGCCAGAGCGAAGCGCGAGCUCGACGAGAAACGGCCUGACAAAGCAGUCAAAGUCGCCAUACCCGAAUACGUCGAGCGCAAAGUACGCGCCGCCCAGGACUUGCCUCCCUUACCGCCUAUCAAAGAACCCCACCUGCACGAAGCAGUCUUCACGCAUCGAUCCGCCGUCUUCGACCCUAGCAUCCCCGGCUCCACGCUCGGCGGUGACCUCAGUCUAGACUACGAGCGACUCGAACUCCUCGGCGACGCCUACAUCGAACUCAUUGCCUCCCGCGCUCUCUAUAACCGCUUCCCACACGUCGACGUCCCAGACCUCUGCACCUGGCGCGAACGACUAGUCGAGAACUCGGCUUUGAGCAAGUUCUCCAACGCCUAUGGGUUCCCAGACCGACUGAAGCAUCGCUCUCAGUGGGACAAGAACUCCAAGCAAUACCAGAAGGUCGUCGCCGACAUCGUCGAAGCCUAUGUCGCAGCAAUCGUGCUAUCCGACCCAGAGAACGGAUUCGAGACGGCAGAGACAUGGCUGACUGAGCUCUGGGCACCACAACUCCUCGGCUUCAAGGAGAAGAUCAUCGAGAAUCCUCAAGCCAGAGACCAGCUCAACAAGCUUGUUCUCGGCAAAGGCGUCAAGCUCAUCGCCAAAGAGGAGAAACCCAUGACCUACGACUCGAACAGCGUGCAGUGCUACCACAUCGGCAUGUAUCUCACCGGCUGGGGCUACGACAACGAAUGGCUCGGCAGCGGCGAUGGACAGAACAAGGUGCAGGCUGGUGUCGCCGCGGCCGCAGACGCCCUGAAGCGGAAUAGCCCAGUACUGCAAGACGCUAUACGGCAGAAAGAUGAGCUGCGAGCCGCGCGCUUGAAGGAACAAGAAGAGAAGACUGUAGGAGGCACUGAACCGCAGAACAUCCUCAACACUGAAGCGUCAAAUGGUAAAGUGUCAGACGAUCAGGACGCUACGCAGAAGAAGCGGAAAAAGGAAGACGAAGAUGCACCACAUGAGAAGAAGAAGCAUAGGAAAGAGAAGAAGCACAAGGCUACGGCUGACAAUGGCAGCUCCUGA